AUGUCCCUUUCCUGCAGGGAUAAAUCAACAGGCAGCGACGCCAAAACAGCCACGACAACAAAACUUCUGCCAGAACCGGGGGCACUGUAUUUCCACUGGACCCUAAUUCAUAACGACAGCAUUACUGUCCUGUAUGGCUGCCGGUAUUUGGAGAAACAUUUGUUCAGAACCUUGCCAAGGCGGGCGAACCACCCAUGGUCUCAACAGAGUUUACCGUGCACGCCUAGAUGGAGUCGUAUCCAACAAAUUCCCACACUGGUUGGCAGUCUACCAUUGGACGAGUUUUGCGGCGACGGCUCCGUGCCAAACUCAGCCUCUGCUUCAAUAGCUCUGUCGGCAUAUGCCAUGAUCCGUGCCUCCGGCACCGGUCGACAACUUUACUCGCCUUGCUGGCUUGUCAACAAACAUCGUUUCUCAAGCAUUUGCCGCGGAAAGCCCAAAAUGGGGUCAACUGUUAUGCCCAGCUAG